CAUCCAAUAACAUUGUUCAUGGCUAUGAUCAAUCAUAUAAACUCACCAUAUCCAGCAUCCUAGCCCCCUACCAUCAUCGCCCAUCUACGUGACUAACUUGAGUGACGUAGAAACCCAUAUCUGUAGUUCUUUCUCGGCUAAACCGUUAGUGACAACCUACCUCUGUAAUCGUAGCCCUGAAUCACCAUGUCACAACAACCAACCACGAACCAACCCCCUAAUAUCUGCGCCCUUACACCUAUCAACCACCUCUUCCCAGACUUCCCCAACUUCCCACCCCUCCGAGCCCGUCAACGUCCAACUCAAAUCCAGACCCAAACCCAGACCCAAAUCCAACAUCCACCCUCCCGGACUUACCGUCUCCCUUCUUUCUCUUCUACCUCCUCAUCUUCCUCCUCUUCCUCCCCUUCUACCUCCUUUCCUGCCCGCAUCCUUCCACUCCCACCCCCACUCCCCAUCCAAGCCCGUCCCAGAACAACCUACCAGCCCCAACCCCAACUCUUCCCACAGCAGCAGCAGCAGCAGCAACCCUCCAACCCGCAAAACUUCACGCUCGCGCCCUCGCACGAGAACCAGUACAUAAAGCUGCGACCCAUAACAACAACAACAACAACAACAACAGCGGGCGCGAAGCCCGCGCGCCGCCGCGCCGUCAAGACGUGUCAGGGAAUAGCGUCGUCAGCUCCGGAAUCGACGGUGUCGCAGUCACCAGGGGCGGGCCGCAAACCAGGAAAAGGAGAUGGGAACGGGAACGGGACGGGGGCUGUAGCAGCGCAACAGAACAACACAAGAGCCGGCCUCGUGCUCCUGGAGCCGAAAGUUCGUACCUCGGCCGAGACGGCGCUGGGUUUCGCGUCGGCGACGUGGGAUAGGCGCGAGGGCUGGUUGUGCCGUACUGGUGCGCCUGGUGGCGGGAGAGGGGAAGGGGAGGGAGUAAUUAAGGAAGAGUCUGCUGAUCGUUAAGGGGAGCUUGGAUAUGCCAUCUUUUCUAUCCUUGGAUGAAGUCUAGGUAGGUAGGUCAGUAGGUAUAUAUGAAAUAUCUAUAAUGAAACACUUGUCAGCACAUUGUAUUUAUCUGAGUUGGUUGUGACAUCUUGGGUGGGUCGAUUGACUUAGAGGUCUGGAGGUGAGCGGUGCGUGUAAGUCCGUAAAGAUACCCGGGUUUAGAGGAAUUCGUGAAAUCCUGUUUCGGUAGUCGAUUUACUGCCAA